AAUAAAUUAUAAUAAAAAAAAUAGAGAUUAAUUAAUGAAUUCAUUAGUGAGAGGUAAACUUUAUGAUAAAGAUAAAGAAACACAGGAGGAACCCAUAUACAACUUCAGACGAAGUAUACGCUUUAGGUCAACAUAUAUGUAUGUCUGCUCACAAAGCACGAAGAAUAAUUGAUCAGAUUCGUGGACGUUCCUACGAAGAAACACUUAUGAUACUAGAACUCAUGCCUUAUCGAGCAUGUUAUCCCAUUUUAAAAUUGGUUUAUUCUGCAGCAGCAAAUGCUCGUCACAAUAGGGGUUUCAAUGAAGCGAGUUUAAUCAUUAGUCAAGUCGCAGUAAAUGAGGGAACUACUCUGAAAAGACUAAAACCUCGAGCUCGAGGACGGAGUUAUCUGAUAAAAAGACCCACUUGUCAUAUAACUAUUGCAUUGAAAGAUCUUGAAUUUGAACCACUUGACAGAUAUAUGCUGCGCCCAAAACCAAAAAACACCGGAUGGCUAGGAUGGCUAAAAAAGGGAUAAAUAAGAACACAAAUAUGACAUAUCCUAAUAUAUAGUAGUGGAGGAUUAUGGGACAAAAAAUAAAUCCACUUGGUUUCAGACUUGGUACAACCCAAAGUCAUCAUUCUCUUUGGUUUGCACAACCGAAAAAGUAUUCCGAGGGUCUACAAGAAGAUAAAAAAAUAAGAGACUGUAUCAAGAAUUAUGUACAAAAAAAUAUGAGACUAUCUUCUGGUGUCGAGGGAAUUGCACGUAUAGAAAUUCAAAAAAGACUGGAUCUAAUUCAGGUGAUAAUCUAUAUGGGAUUUCCUAAAUUAUUAAUUGAAGAUAAGCCACGAAAACUCGAAGAACUACAGAUGAAUGUGCAAAAAGAACUUAAUUGUAUGAACCGAAAACUCAACAUUGCUAUUACAAGAAUUGGAAAUCCUUAUGGGCACCCUAAUAUUCUUGCCGAAUUUAUAGCCGGACAAUUAAAGAAUCGAGUUUCAUUUCGAAAGGCAAUGAAAAAGGCUAUUGAAUUAACUGAGCAAGCGGAUACAAAAGGAAUUCAAAUACAAAUUGCAGGGCGUAUCGACGGAAAAGAAAUCGCACGUGUCGAAUGGAUCCGAGAAGGUAGGGUUCCUCUACAAACCAUUGGAGCGAAAAUUGAGUAUUGCUCUUAUAGAGUUCGAACUAUCUAUGGGGUAUUAGGAAUCAAAAUUUGGAUAUUUAUAGACGAAGAAUAAUAAGAAUAAGACUCUACUUGUCUUUCCGUUCUAUUCUGCGAUAGAACAAAAAAUGACAAAUUCUUUGAUUUUUGAUUGAACAUAAAAAUCAAAAAAUGAGCAGUUCUAAAUUCUAUAAGGUUAAAUAAAAAUUUGAUUGAUCAUUUGAUAUAAUUGCUAUGCUUAGUGUGCGACUCGUUGGGUUUUUAGGCUUAGGAUUCAAAAAAAAUGGGCGGACCACAGUAUAAGCUAAUAACUAUAGCACUAAUAACCAACUCAUCGCUUCGGAUUAUCUGGAUCCAAAGAAUCAGUCAAGAUAUGAUAUAUUGGUCAUAUCAUUAUAGCAACUGAAUUUUUUUUGCAUUAAGUAAAAGACAAAACCAAUCUGAUUAUGAAUAGAUCGAAAUUGUGAAGCAAAAUAAAAAGUAUGUGGAUAAAUAGAAGGAUGAGAAAGAGAGAAACAGAAAUAGCAAUGAAAUGACAUAGGAUUCCAAUAUGUAAGGUCUAUGAAGCAUCUCAUAAAGAGCAAUGUAAUAGAGCAUCAAUAGAGAUUCAUCAAUAAUUAGAUGAAUAUCUGUUCAUUGAAGAAAAAAUCAAGAGCCUUAACUUAAGUCAAUAAAGACUGAGAAGGUUGACUCAAGAACAAAUUUUAUUUUUAUUUUAUUAAAUAAAUAGAAAUAUUAAAUUAAGGCUCCAUUGGAGAAUUCAGACCUAAGCAUUAAUCGAGAGCGAUGGGGACGACGGAACCCGUGAAUGCGGAGGAUUCUAUUGAAAACGAAUCCUAAUGAUUUAUCGGGGAGGAUGGCGGAACAAACCAGAGACCACUGCAUUUCUUUUUAUUCUGAUUCUGAGAGGUCAUGGGUUAACCCGACAACUGAACUAGAAAAAGAGUAAAUAUUCGCCCGCGAAAAUUUGAGUUUAAUUUUAUUUGAUUGUUCAAUUUUUGUCGAUCUGAAUCUGAUAUGAAUAUGAUAAAAAACAAAAUAAAGAUUCGUUAUAACAUUAUAACAAAACCAAGAUAAGACAUUAUCUAGAAAUAGAAUCCGUGUUUAAUUCCUUAUACUUAUAUAUAUCCAAUAGAUCCAAACAAGAUAUACAAAUUUCUAAUAGAUCAGAUAAAAUCGCAAAGCAAAGAAUCCCAAGAUUCAAUUAUUCAUUAACUACCUGUAUAUCUUAAGAUUAAGAAUUAAAUAUUUUUUUAGUCAUUUUUUUUUUUCGCGAGGAGCUGGAUGAGAAGAAACUCUCAUGUCCAGUUCUGUAGUAGAGAUGGAAUUCAUAAACAACAACCAUCAACUAUAACCCCAAAAGAACCCGAUUUCGUAAACAACAUAGAGGAAGAAUGAAGGGGAUAUCGUAUCGAGGUAAUCGGAUUUGUUUCGGUAGAUAUGCUCUUCAAGCACUUGAACCCGCUUGGAUUACAUCUAGACAAAUAGAAGCGGGGCGCCGCGCAAUGACACGAAAUGUACGCCGUGGUGGAAAAAUAUGGGUACGUAUAUUUCCAGACAAACCCGUUACGGUAAGACCUACAGAAACACGUAUGGGUUCGGGGAAAGGAUCUCCCGAGUAUUGGGUAGCUGUCGUUAAACCGGGCAGAAUACUUUAUGAAAUGAGCGGAGUAGCCGAAAAUAUAGCCAGAAAGGCUAUUUCAAUAGCGGCGUCAAAAAUGCCUAUAAAAACUCAAUUCAUUAUUUCAGGAUAGGAAUAUAGAACCAAAGGAAAGAAGUCUUGUCUUGGGAAUAAAAAAACAAUUGCGAGUUUCCUUUUUUUUUGACAAACAA